GAUCGUCAGUAGCAGCGGGCGCGCGCUAGUGUCGGUAUCGGUGCUGCUCGUCCUCCUCCAUAUCGUAUCCGUCACCUACUCCACCUCCUCGCUCACGAUCUCCUUGCGGGAGAACGGCCAGAGAGAACAAGCCGAGAGGUGAAACCGGUUCCCGGGUGGAAAGCGGCACGAGGCGGCGCGAAGCUUAAUCGGAUUUCUCCGAAGCGGAUAGCAUGAGCACCUCGACGUUCAUGGGGAAUUCGGACGGUCCAGUGUCAGGACUUUGUCCCGCGCCACCUCCGCCACCGCCUCCACCUCCAGCGCCCGGUCAGGUGCCGGCCAUGAGGAUCAACACCGCGGAGGCACCGACGAUAAGGAGGCCGAUGGUGAGUAACGACGCUUAUGAGCCACCGGCGGCGAUUCAGAACGCGAUGCUGACCAAGGAUAAGAAGCCGUUCACGUACACGCCCGGUAUGGGCGGCAAGCUAGACCUCUCGCAGAUACGGAGCCCGCGAAUGGCUCGGAGAGUUGCGAAGAACGCGAACGACGAGGGCAUCGAGGGCCCGCCGAAGUCAGCGUUAGAACCGAAGCCGACACCAGCGACGAACGCCGGGGCGAACUUAUUCAUUCAGCCCCAGGUCGCGAUUCCCGUAUUUCCUACAAACGUGCCGCCCCAACCCCCUCUCAACAGGACACCUCCGCCAGCUAAUAAGAUUCAACCUAGCAUUGUUCCGGAGAAGCAGCCGGAAUCGCCGAAAGCCAAAGCAGAGACCAAAGUGACUCCGGUGAUCACGAUCAUACCGAACACGCCGGAGAGCCCGGGCACACCGACGCAGGUAACCCUGGCAAAGGCUCCGACGCCGUGGCUACAAAACAAGAACAAACCGCAAGAGGAAUUGCCCGAAUGGGCGAAACGUACGAGCAAGAGUCCAUCGUCGUCGCCUGAUAGUCCAACGUCACCAUCUUUAAGUAUUUUCACUGCUGAAGAAAAUCGAUUUACAAUUUUAAAUUUCAUAUCGCAUUUGUAUUUACAGAUCGAGGAUAGACCCUCGGUGUUCGACGUGAAACCAGAAGCGGGACAUCAUCAAUUCAAACAGCCGAGUCCUCAUCAUCAGCAACGAUGGGGUCAGCCAGCACAGAAUCAAAAUUGGAAUCAAGCACAAAAUCAAAAUUGGAAUCAAGCACAGAACCAGAAUUGGAAUCAAGCACAGAAUCAAGUGCAAAAUCAAGUACAGCAAACACCGCAGCCUCAACAAUCCGGAGGUGGUUACAUCAUACCCAUAAUGAUCGAAGGGAGCGAGAGGAAGCCUGGUGCGAACUCGUACUCUCAGCCAAUUAGAAAUAGCACACCUAACGCUGAGAAUCAGACUGGGAAAGUGCAACGUAUCGUACCGGUGCAGGUGCAGGAACCCGGUCCGGUUCAAUCCCGAUCGUUCAGAGUUCUCCAGAAGAUCACUGAUACCGAUAACCCGAACGACGUAGACACGGAACAGAUGCGGAAAUUGCAGUUGACAGAGGACGACAGGAUCCUGAUGAACAAGUUCAAAGAACAAGUUGAUAACGACUCUUCCCUUCAUCACGAGGAGGAUCCGAGAUACCGUGGCGCGGCUAUACCGUCCAGAGCUUUCCGUUUCCUGCAGACUAUGACGGACGCCGGUGAAGUUCCCGUUAUGAAUGCAUCGCAACGACCGCCGUCCGCUAUAAACAGGAAGCAGAAUAGGAAUUCAAAGACUUUCGAAGAAUCUCAAGCAAAUUUGCCGCCGAGCGAGCAACAAGUUCAAGAGCCAAAGAAAUACAUGGGCAGCGCGAUUCCGUCGAGAUCGUUCAGGAUACUGCAAGCGAUGACAGCACCGGAGAGCGUCGCCACGCAAGAAAAUCGUCAAGCAGAUUUCCGCUGCCAAACAGAGAAUAACGUGCCGGGCAAUCAGCAGGGUGUCUUCCUCUCCUAUCCCCCGUUUCUACCGCCCGAGAACGUUUGCUGGGGCUACUACCCGCUCCCUUAUCCCGGUGUCGUGAACAGUUACCAUCCGGACACUGCCUACGUAUACUUUCCCAUUUACAAUCAAAACCCUCCACAGUAUAAUCCAAUGAACAAUAAAAACGUGUGCUGUCAACCUUACGUCGUCCCCGUUUCGUCGCCGAGUGGUAGUAAUUGUGAUCAGAGUCAUGGACAGAUUAGUGAUAACGCGACAGUACCAGGAACUGAACCGGUAAUCAAUUUUUCAGAGGAUAUCCAAGGUAACGGGGUAGAAGAUGAGCAAAUGAUCGGAGAUAACGUCGGGGACGAUCUUCAAUGGGAGAAUAGUGUAUCCCGCACUGAUAGCAAUAACAGUAAAGACAGUGAUUGUACCACUGCAAUGAAUAUCACUGACGAGGAGGAGAUUCCUGAAGGAAUCGAGCAACAAUCGGAAAACGCCGGCACUGGUCUGAACGUGACCGUUCCUAAUUAUACUUAUAUCGAUACGAGUGAUUCCAGCGAUUCCAGUGACACUGAAUCACAGUCUGAUAAGGAAUCCGUGAUCGAUUCCUCAAAAAGUAGCAGUGAUAAUUCUGACGAAUCUUCGUCGGACAGCGACGACUCUGACUCCUAUUUGGCGUAUUCGACAGGACUGAACCCUCAUGGAAGGUUGGUGAACGAUAACGAGAGGAGCCAGUCUUGCAAUGAUGAGAAUAACAGUGACACAGAACCAAGUUCACAGACCUGCGAAUCUGAUAAAGGAGAACAACUGAAUAAAGAGAAAUCUGAGGUGAAUCAAUUUCCUCAUCAAUUGAGUGUAAUUUAUGAGGACGUAGAAAGGGAUUUAGAGACUCCCAGGCCAAGUAAUACGCCUUUCGAAGCAACCGAUGACCCUCCUGAUGAUUCUGACGCACCUACUGUCAGCGUCAGUCUGCCAUUGAGGUUCAAGUUCUCCGUGUCUGAGAACAACGAGGAUGUGACUACUGUUAUAGUUGGUGACAGUACUAUCAAGCCUGAGAGAGGAUACGUCAAAGAUGAAAGUAAGAACACUUUGGGAAAGACGUCGACGUUGAAGUCUGAGAAAGCUAAGGAAGAGAAUCACACAAACAUACAGGAUAGUAAGAAUACCUUAGAAAGUACUGAUAAGAGUGCCGAUAAGAGUGAUACCAGCGUUGAUUUUAUGGUUCAGAAAGAUGAAAGUAAACGAAAAAGGAAGAAUUCCAAUGAAAGAUUAAAAGAGGAAAUGAAAAAUGAUGACGACGUUGUGGUACCGUGCGUAAAUUUUACGUUGAGAAAGAUCCCAACCAGGUAUAGCAAAAUUAAUUACGAAGAAACUGUAGAGACAGAGUUUACGAUAAAGAGAAAGACGAGAACAAACAAGGAGAAAGAAGCGAACGAUGCAAAGUGUAAAAUUGAAGAUUUAACGAACGAUGAAUCCGAGACUCGUGAUAUCAAUCGAAAUAUCUUGAAACCGGAAGUGAUAGUCUCUGAAUUCAACCAACACACCGAUUCGAAAUUAAAGAAUAACGAGUUUGAAGAGAGCGUUGAAAUUUCAAAGAAGAGUAAAAAAGAAGAAGAGACGAAACACUUACUCAAUGUACAAAAUUCUCGAGAGGAGACCGACGACGAGGACAGCGGCGUCACUUCCGACAUGAGUCGCAUGAUCUCGGAAGUAGAUACCGACUCGGAAUGCACCUCGUCGAAAAACAUGAAAAAGUACCAAAGAACUCAGACGCACUCGAGGUUAUUUAGACUGUUGAACGACGACUCAAUUCUACAAGAAGAAAAACCGAACGACUCCUCGGCGGGAAGAGAAUAUCUCAGCCUCCCGUUGCAAACGACUUUUAAUUACGACGAGAAUUACUUCUCGAAUCACUCGAGCGGCCUCACGUCCCCAGAAUUUUCACCUGUCCACGAACAGUCGGAAAAUCAGAACGGUCAUCCUCUGACUCGACAAGAUCGAGUAUCGUGCAAAGAGGAUCCAUAUUAUCAGGCCUGGAAAAUGCCCAAGUGUUCGCCGUCGGAUCAGGACGUGGUACCCUCGUUGGCCUUCAAGGUACUCGAGAAUCGCAGGCCGCUGUGGUCGUACAGAGUCCCGAUGCAACGGAUUAUUGAACAAGGUCGGAUGCCGCCUUCGGAGACACGGCAUUGUUAGUGUGCUUUACUCUUUCUUUCUCUUUUAUUUUCUAUUUUGUUACUAUCCGUAGCGAAUCGUUUAACACUACCAUUGACCAUCGGAACUCCUCGUUCGCCUCGUCCACGCGUAUCUGUUGCCCGAACAGGUCUCAUGGUUCCCAGCCCCGUCCCUCGUGACCCCGCAGUGUGUGCAAAUAUCGUUAAGGGAUGAUCCUUAGAAGAAUCAAAACGAGAAACUACCGGGCUUUGUACUUUUUAACCCUUUUGCAGAGCGCACGAUGAAAAGAGGAAUUUUCUGUGUUUAAAAUGUGUUGUGGACAAUUUAUACCGCUGAUAAUAAUUAUACGAAAUCGCGGAAGGGUUAAUUAUAAUCGAAGCUUGAAUAGGAGAAAUCACGUUACCUCGACCCGUCAUUGUGUUACGUAUACUUAUGUAAGUUGUGUAAAAUAAAUUAUUUGUAAAGUA